GCUGGUCCCAGCGGCUCGGGUUACUAGGAUGGCGAAAUAGUUUGCAAUUUGCCUUUAAUUGAAGAUGCCUGCUAUCCACCAAUACCAAGUCGUUGGCCGCAAGGCCCCCACUGAGUCGGACCCGAACCCGCCGGCCUUCCGCAUGAAGCUCUUCGCCCCCAACGAGGUGCUCGCCAAGUCGCGCUUCUGGUACUUCCUCCACCAGAUGAAGAAGAUGAAGAAGACGACGGGCGAGAUCCUCUGCCUCAACGAGCUUCGCGAGAAGAACAAGCGCAUCGUCAAGAACUACGGUGUGUGGAUCCGCUACAACUCGCGCUCGGGCACGCACAACAUGUACAAGGAGUACCGUGAUGUGACGCUCUGCGGCGCCGUUGAGCAGAUGUACGCCGAGCUUGCCGGUCGCCACCGUGCUCGCCCGCGCUCGAUCCAGAUCAUGCGCACGGCCAUCCUUGCCGCCAAGGACUGCAAGAAGCCCAACACGCUUCAGUACCACGACAGCGCGAUCAAGUUCCCCUUGUCGCACCGCGUGCCCCGCCCGGCCAACAAGAACCAGCGCACGGUCUUCAAGGCCUCGCGCCCCACGACCUUCCGCAACUAAGUGGCUUCUUGGUUUCGUGCUGGGAACGCUACGCAUUGUGGCAUCGGAUGUAGCACUGGCAGUCCUCUUUACAGUUCGUAAUCUGGUCUUCAAUUAAGCAUCACUCUUAAGGCUA